AUGGAAACAGCGACGAUAUAUCUGAUGUAAAAUUAUGAGGAAGCUAUUGUUUAUUAUAAUAAGGUUAUUAAUUUACAAUAGGAUAAUGCAUCCGCUUACUUUUAUAAAGGUAUUUUAUAACAAAGAAAUCAAAGGAAAUGCUCUAGCAAAAUCAAAAAAUUUUGAGGAUGCAAUUGCACAUUAUAACAAAGCUUUAAAAAUAAAUUCCCAAAACGAUGCCAUAUACUUAAAUAAAGGUAUUUAUUUAUCUCAAAUAAAGGAUAUGCGCUAACUUAUUUGAAACUUUUUGAAUAAGCAAUCGAAUGUUAUGAUUUAGCACUAUAAAUAAAUUUUCAUAAUGAUAAGGCCUACUACUAUAAAGGUAACAAAUUAAUAAUACCAAUAAUAAAAUAUUAGGAAAAACAUUACAUUAAGUUGAACAUUACCCUGAAGCUGUAAAAUCAUAUAAUAAAGCAAUCAAUAUAAAUUCUUAUAAUCAGNCACAAAAUGCCCUUAAACUUCUAUCUAUUGUUAGCGAUGUUUGGAAGAAGAUCAUUCGGAUCAUAUCGAAAGCUGCAAAUAAUUUGGUUAAAUUACCAAAGAUUUAUCAAUUUCUAUCAAAGAAAAAAAGGACCAUUUAGACAAGAUCAGAGAAAAAUAAAUUCAAUUAAGUCAACUAAACAGACAUUAGAUUGAUGCCUAUGAAAAACAAAUAAAAGAUUUAAGAAAUAUUUAAGGACAAUUUUAGUAGAAAAAAUUGAAUUCUUUGUCAAAUUAAUAAAUCUUAAUAUUAAAAGAAGAACAUUAACCAGAUAGAUAACUAGAUGAUUGUAAAUUUUAAUAAAUUUUUUUAGUGGAUAAGCUAAAUUAAAUAGAACAACUAAUUUAAUCUUUAGAAUUAAUAAAGAGGAUUUGCUUAACUAAUGAAAAAUAGAAAUUUACAAGUAUAAUUGGUAAUAUCUACAUUUAGAGUAUAUGAUGAACUUUCUUACAAAAGGAAGUUCAUGGUGCAUUGCAAUAUUUCACGUCAUAGUCUGCAUUAUGUAUAUUUAUCUUUUCCUGAUUGGAGCAGUUGUAAUGCUCUUGAUAUAUGUUGAAAUUGAUGAGUAAUUUAACUAGUUAAUUAAGUUAUAAGUAAGCCAGCCAAAGCCAAAAUUAAGCAUACUUAGAAACCAUUCAGAAAUAAACUCAAUAUUUAACUUAAGGUAAUAAAUUUAAAAUUACUUAAGCUAAUGACCUAUAUCUGAUGUAAAAUUAUGAGGAAGCUAUUGUUUAUUAUAAUAAGGUUAUUAAUUUACAAUAGGAUAAUGCAUCCGCUUACUUUUAUAAAGGUAUUUUAUAACAAAGAAAUCAAAGGAAAUGCUCUAGCAAAAUCAAAAAAUUUUGAGGAUGCAAUUGCACAUUAUAACAAAGCUUUAAAAAUAAAUUCCCAAAACGAUGCCAUAUACUUAAAUAAAGGUAUUUAUUUAUCUCAAAUAAAGGAUAUGCGCUAACUUAUUUGAAACUUUUUGAAUAAGCAAUCGAAUGUUAUGAUUUAGCACUAUAAAUAAAUUUUCAUAAUGAUAAGGCCUACUACUAUAAAGGUAACAAAUUAAUAAUACCAAUAAUAAAAUAUUAGGAAAAACAUUACAUUAAGUUGAACAUUACCCUGAAGCUGUAAAAUCAUAUAAUAAAGCAAUCAAUAUAAAUUCUUAUAAUCAGCAUUAUUAUUUUAGAAAAGGUUUCUAAUUUCCAAAUUAAUUAUAGGAUUAGCAUUAGAUAAAAUUAAAGAUUAUCAUAAAGCUAUAAGUUCUUACGAUUCUGCUCUUCGAAUAUCAAUAAAUUAAGAAAUAUUAAAAAAUAAAAGUAUUGA